AUGAAGGUGGAAGAAGUAAACAGGUGCCAGAUCCAAGAAUGGUACCCCAAAUUCAAAUCCUCAUCCAUCAAAACCCUAAUCCACGAGCUCCCGGAGCCCUUCGUCCGCUACCUCCUCGACGACGCCGGGCCCUUCCUCCUCCCGCUCUCCAUCUCCAAUGACGACGCCCUCCCCAAUCGCGUCCACAAGCCCGACGAAGAAGCGGACUUCAUCGCCCCCGAUGCCGGAGAUCCCGACGACGAGGCCGAGGACCCCGGCCCGCCUCCCUCCUUCCCUGACCUCGAGGCCGCGAUCAAAUCCUCCAUCGAAACCCUAGGCGGCGCUGCCUUCCCCAAGCUUAACUGGAGCUCACCAAAGGACUCGGCCUGGAUCAGCCCCACCGGCGACCUCAAGUGCAAAAACUUCUCCGACAUUGCCCUUCUCCUGAAAUCCUCGGACUCGGUCGUGCACGACCUCUGCCACGCGUACGACUCGUGCUCUGAUUCCGAUCCCAAUUCACGGCGGCCUGCCAAGAUUUUCCUCGCCCUCCGCAAGUGGUACACUUCCUUCCGUCCGGAGAUGGAGUUCCGGUGCUUCGUGCGGUUUAAGGUUUUAGUCGGUAUUUGCCAGCGGGAGGUGACGAAUUUCUACCCAGCCCUCCUCGAGAAAAAGGGCGAUUUGGGGAGUGCGAUAUUGGAAUUCUUUGAAGGGAAUGUGAGGGAGGGUUUUGGGUCCGAUAGCUACACGUUUGAUGUGUAUGUGACGAGGGACGGUAGGGUUAAGCUCGUGGAUUUCAACCCGUGGGGUGGGCCCACGUUGCCCCUUUUGUUCGACUGGGACGAGUUGGAUGUGUUGUCGGGGGAUUCGGGUUUGGAGUUUCGGGUGGUGGAGAACCGAUGUGGGAUUCGUCCGUGUUUGAAAACGGCGGUGCCUUACGAUUAUUUGGAUACGAGCAGUGGGAGCGGAUGGGACCAGUUUUUCAGGAAUGCACAUGAGGAGCUGAGGAAGCAAAUGUCGGCUAGCGAAGCCGGAGCUUGA